CUUACACAUUCGUUCUAUGUUUCCUUCUUGGCUCGAAUUUAUAAAAUAUGAGCUUAAAUUCAGCUCUUAUUUUGUUUUUUUACUACUAUGUACAUUGUUUUAAUACUAAUUAAAUGUUUACUAAUACUUCAUUUGUUUUUUAAUGGUUCUUACUCUGUUUUAGUUCCUUCUCCCCUAAAUCUUUUUAGAAAUUUAAAUAAAAUUUUAGGUGAUUUGAACUCCAAUUCAAAAUCAUCCUAUUUAAACAAUUUAAGCCCAUAUAGUCGUCGCAACAUUAUAAAUUCCCCCUGUCUAGGCCAUGGAAACAAUAAACUAGACUUUUCAAAAGAAUUAAGAAUUCUUCCUAAUUAUAAAUAUUCUUGUAAAUUAAAAAAUUCUUCCAGAUUCCACAAAUUUUUCAUAUCUUCAUCUACACAUCUGUCCCUCCCAGAUCGUAGAUUUUUAGGAUUUGCCUAUAUUAUAAAAAAUGUUCGCGCAAUUAAGGAAUUUGACCUUUUCUCUCUUCCUAAACUAUCUAGGUCUAUUCCACAUUUUGAUUUAACCAAAGACCUGGAUAAAAUUCACGAACCGGAAGAACCAGAAAUUGAACCCAUUAAUGAUUUAGAAAAAGAAAGAAUAAUACACAAAGAAUUAGCCAAAGAUUUCAUUCCUGAUACAGAAACUUAUUCAAAAAAACGCUCGAAAAAACAAUUUAAUAAGGAAGCAAAUGAAAUUUGGAAAAAAUAUAAGCAUAUUUUUAAACCCUUGGAAACCUAUGAAGAGAAGCAAGAAAGAAUCGCUAAGUUACCGGUUACCAAAAUCAAUGUUGAAGGCGUAGAAGUGGAAGUGAGGAUGGGCGCUUUGGGCCAACCAUGGUAUAUUGAUAAAGAACAAGCUAAGAAACUGUUGUCUGCAUUUGAACCCGGGGUCCUAGACCAUAUUAAAACCAAUGAAUCUGAUAAUUAUGUUUACUUCCCGUUAAUAAAGGAAGAAGAAAAUAAGUAUUGGAUACCUCUGCCUGGAAUACCAGCAACCUAUUUUCCAGAAAUUAAGGUGCUCGACCAUAAAAGAGACAUACCAGAUUACGAUUAUGUGACUCUUUUGCACGAUUCAUCCAGAAACUAUUCCUGGACAUAUCAGCAGUCGACAGAUAAAAGAGCUAAAUCAUUUAACGGUGAUGGAAAACUUGACACUUUUGAAAUAGUUGACCAAAAAAUAGUGCCUAUUGAGGAAAAAACUAAAGAACUGUACAAACCCUAUGUACCCCGUGAUUAUUUUAAUGAACCAGAGGAUGCUUCUCAAUUCUAUCCCAGAAAAACACUAGACGUUGGAAUCUUUAGACAUCCAAGAAUGCAAGAUCUUCUAAAUUUGAAGUUCAAGAAUUUGUACAGCCCAGGAUACAAAGAAGAUCAAUUUGGAUACUUCAGAGAAUAUCAAAAUUUUUGGAAAACAGUAGAAUACAGAGAUAAUGGAGAGAAGCCAGGAUUAAGAUAUAAACAACUUGGGAAAACAGAUUUAAAAAUAUCAGAAGUUGGUCUGGGAACCAUGAUGUUCGGGUCAAGAAUCACAGAAUCUGAAGGCCAUGAACUCCUGGAUUAUGCCUAUAACAAAUUCGGAAUUAAUUUCUUUGAUACUUGUGAGCUGUAUCCAGUACCAUUUGCAUUUGGAACAUAUGGAAACUCGGAAAAGAUACUAGGAAGCUGGAUUAAGAAAAGAGGACAAGAAGUAAGAUCUAAAAUAGUAAUCUCCACACGAAUCGCAUGUAAUAAUGAUAACCUGAAAAUCAUAAGAAACUCAAAGGAUACUAGUUUGUCAAAAGGUAAUAUCAUAAAAUCAGUUGAAUCAUCUUUACAAAGAAUGGGAUUAGAAUAUAUAGACCUGCUACAGUUUAGUUGGCCUGAACGGUAUGUUCCAAUGAAUGAAAACGGAGAUUACGACCAAAUAUUUUUUGAUGUUACGAAAAUGGGAAAUUACGAUACUGGAAGAAUGAGAAAACAAGUAGAGGCUAUUGAUAUUCUGAUGAAAAGUGGAAAGAUCAAGGCUUGGGGACUUUCUAACGAAACUCCAUGGGGAGCUCUCAGAUUUACUCAACUAUCAAAGGAAUUGAAUGUACCACCACCUGCAACAAUACAGCUUAAUUAUAAUUUGUUGACCAGAAAUGAAGUUGAAAAGGGAUUCGUUGAACUCGCAAGACCUCAAAAUACAGGAAUCGGUAUUAUCGCAUACGGGCCACUUGCAGGUGGUAUUCUGACUGGUAAAUACUUGGAAUUUGUCGAAGCUACAACUUCCGGGAGAUUACUUAAAUUCCCCUCAUAUAUGAAGAGAUAUAGGGGAUCACUUGCAGCCAAAGCAGUCCAAGAGUAUUAUGAGGUUGCCAUGGAAUUUAAACUCCCAAAUUUGACUGCAAUGUCAUUGAAAUGGGUUUAUUCAAGACCUUUUAUAUUUUCAACAAUUAUAGGUUGUAACGAUAUGUAUCAAUUGAGGGAGAAUUUAUAUUGUCUGGAUCCGGAAAUCCCAAUGACUGACCUCAUGGAACGUAGGAUCAACCAAAUAUACUGGAAGUGGAGAGAUCCAAUAAGAAUUGUACAAUAAGUGUGUAGCAAAUAAAUUAAUCUAAUAAAUUAUCUCAA